AUGGGAGGGUGGGCAGUAGUUUUCCAUGAAGAAGAGCGUACACAACCGCCGACAGCAUCAAGUGUUGAGCCAAGUCCGGAUACCGAGCAGAUGAUGAGCAAUCCCGAGGACCAAACUUCGAUGAUCAUUAUGAACAAUUAUUUCGGGAUCGGAAUCGAUGCUGAUGUCUGCCUACAGUUUCAUAAUAGGAGGGAUGCAAAUCCGGAAAAAUUCAGCUCAAGAUUGUUCAACAAAACGCAAUAUGUAAAAAUUGGUUUGCAAAAAGCCUUCUUUGAAAGGACAUGUAAGGAUCUCUGGAAGCGGGUCGAAUUAGAAGUGGAUGGAAAAUUGAUCGAGCUGCCUUGUAUCGAAGGCAUCGUUGUACUAAAUCUGCUCAGGUAU